AUGGAGGAAUCCGCCGCCUACGAGACUGUCAUUUGCCAAAAGAAUGAAGUAUUUGUAUAUAAAAUACCACCUCUGCAGAGCAAUACUGGAGGUUAUAAGGCAAAUGAGUGGAAAUUAGACGAUCCGGACUGGACUGGAAAGUUGAAUGUUGUGGCAAAAGGACCACAGUUGAUGAUAAAACUAUUGGACAGACUCAGUGGUGAAUUAUUUGCGAUGAGUAUAGUAGAGCAAUAUCCAGCAGGGGUUGAUGUCCAGUCGGUGAAGGAUUCCAGUCGUUAUUACGUGAUUAGGAUCAGUGAACACCCAUCUAGUACACGCAAAGCUUCAAUUGGUAUAGGAUUCUCUGAUCGUGGAGAUGCAUUUGACUUCAGAGUCUCAUUAACAGAUCAUUUUAAGUGGCUAAAACAAGACAAAGAAGCUGCAGAAUCCCUGAAGAACUUUGACAGCGGACCCAAGUUAGAUCUAGGCUUUAAGGAGGGACAAACCAUUAAAUUAAAUUUGUCGACAAAGAAAACCUUCGGAGAAGAAAAAAGUCCCAAACCACGACCCAAAUCGAAUUUUCCUAGUGGUGGAGGAAUGGGUAUCCUACCACCUCCUCCAGGUGGUGUUAGAAUAGCAGCACCGCCCAGUCGACAGAGGGCACCAUCACCUAAUCGACCCCAUCCCAGUCCAGCUGUCCAACCUGCUCCAGCUGCCCAGCCCGCUCCUGUUAAACCUGCAAUGAAUAGUUCCGAUCUUUUUUUUGGUGGACCAGUGUCUGCCCCGCCCCCAUCAAGUGGUACGACGGUACAGUCUCGACCCGUGGAUCAAACAGAUCUGUUCUUUGGAGGACCAGUGGCUGCCCCGCCCCCUGCACAGACAUCUCAGUCUCAAGCCAAUAGCAACAUAGACCUUCUUAUGGGACUGGACCUCAAUGCAACUGGUAGUCAGCCUUUACAACCCGUGUCAAAUACAAAGUAAGAAAAAACAAACCGAUCGGAUUAUUGCCUCUAUUUCACAGUAACGUACCAGUGAAAACAGCGACGGUUGGGCCAAUUUUGACUGAGAGAAAAACAACACCUGCACGUUUUAAUAUCGACCAGCCUUGCAUCUUCUAGGAAAUAUUUGUCAACAGUGUAGACUGGGAACUCUCAUUAGCUGUGUAGGAGGUAUUCCAUUUGGAAGUUUUCCAAAUGACGUACUACUUUUCAUUAAGUUGCAGCCAGAAUUUGAGUGCAUCAACUUGGUUUGUAAUGAUCCACAGAAGAGAUUCUUCUGCAGCCACCAGGAGGCAAUAAUAUAGGAGGACAGUGCUGUGCAUAUAGGUGUCGAAGUAAUGUUCAGAAAAUCAGUAAUAACUUCCUCAAUCUUAGAAAAAUGUGAUCUCAAAUCUCAGUUGUCAUGUUGAAUGUGUGCUGAACAUAAUCGUAUCAUCACAGUUCGGCCAACUUGCAUAGAUCACAGGCCACUGAAUCAAUCGUCAGUAUAAAGGGGUCAUAACAUUGUAAAAAGGGUUCUGUUAGAAGAGGGAGCAAGAAAUCCAAAGAGACUGAAAGGUAAGUUUGCCCCCUGCACAUUGUGUAGUGCAUUGAUGUACAGGGGGGCAAAUUUGUGAAGUGAUAAAAAUGCUGAAGUUUUUUACCUUUCGGUCCCUCACGGAUUCCUUCUCCUCCUUUGAGACAGAUUCUUGAAUGAAUGAAUGAAAAUAACAUUUUUAUAGCGCCCUAUUCCACUGUAGCAAUGUUCUACGGCGCUCCCCACAUAGCUGCUCACUCCCCAAAAUGACGACGGAAAAGAUGUGUCUUUAGGUCCUUUUUAAAUGCGACCAAUGAAGUCUCCUGCCGCAGUGCGGCGUCAAGUGCGUUCCACAUUCCAGGAGCAAGAAUUUGGAAUGAUCUGCCACCGAAAGUCUUGAGUCUAUAAUCGGGCUGAAUCAGUAGGUCCUGUGCCCCUGAUCUGAGAGGGCGAAACGGUACGUAGAGAGUGACGAGGCUGCCAAGGUACCUGGGGGCAGUGCCAUGUAUGGCUUCAAAGACCAGGACCAGCAACUUGACAGCAACUUAACAGUUUGGUGAUUCAAAUUCUCACAUCGAUUUAUGGAAUGAAAAUAUAUCCUUUAAACAUCCAACUUCCCACUGUCCCUGUGUUUUCACUGUUGUCUGUUAGUAAACGAUGUCUCUUGCAGUGUUACAAAUCGUACAGAUUUAAAUCCUCCUGGGGAUACGAAAUACCGUCUAGGAUAUUUUCAGGUGCAGUACUGAUUUCAGUCUCUGAUCAUGACCACGUUGACUCAUACUUUCAUUUUGAGUCAUAUGUGACCGACCGCAGCAAAACGAGUCGCAUGUCGCUUCGAGCUUGACAGGUUGAGACGGACUGGUUGUUCAUUUCACUAUUGUCUGCCUAUCGUGAAAUCUGAGUGUAUCAAUUUCUUCUAUUAUGUCCUGGUGUCAUUUUAGGCUCAUCUUCUGUGCGACAUGCGACCCAUUUUGCGGUGGUGGAUCACAUAUCGAAAAUAAAAUCAUGGUUUGACGCAGUGUUCUAAAAUAUUGGUUAUGGAACGGUGGUUGCGAUAUCAAAACUGAUCUGGACCCCCUGAAACAUAAGGUUUCGUUGAAUAGUGUUGAAUUGAAUAGUGACUCCUUGGUCAUGGAGAUUCUCCUUAGUUAUUGCCUUCUGGAUAUAACGCCAAAUGGAAAGUUGUCGGGAACCUAAUUGAGAUUUGCCUCAUAACUUUCCUGUCAAAAAGAGCACUUUUCAAUACCAGGUCUUCAGAGCUAACAUUGUGUUGUGCGCAUAGCUAGGGUUUUGCCAAUUUGUAUGUAAGCAACAGAAAUAUGUUACUGUUGAUGGAAGGGAUUUGGCCGAUUUUCAAUCCAAAUUGGCUUUUCAUUCAAAAUCAUGUUUUGUAACGGUAUUUAAAAACUGGCUCUAUAAAUACUAAGAUAGACAGGGAAGGGAUACUUAUGGAGAUGUGAACCCCCUCCUUGAAAAACUGAUGACCUCCCUAUUAUCUGUGAAUUCCAGAUUUUUUCCACAGUGCAUUUACUUCCAAAGUUCUCCCCGUUUGCCUUACAGUGCCUCCCAGGUUUUUCAGAGGAAAUUUAAUGGAAUUUCCUUAGACUUCCCAAUUUGCUGUCUUUGACCUCCUGAGUUUUCAUUCAAGCAGGUUGGCAACUCUGUAUUUAUACAGCCUGUUUAAAAUUUUAAUCUGUCAUUUAGGCCCUGUCUAGGUAGAUCUUUCCCUUGGUCAUGUAGGUAUUUAAUUUGUUUUCCUAGCAAGAUUAGAUUCCAGAAAUACCGGUCAUACUGUAUGUGUUCAGUAGGGAUUUCCAUGUGCUAAGUUCAGAAGAAAGUGAUUUGUGCUCAAAGCUUUAAAAGAAGGGUUUUCUUUUAUACCCCUACACCAGGUGUAUCCAGUGCAUGUCACCUACACCUACAGUAGAACCUCUCUAUUAAGGACACCCUCGGGACUGACAAGUGCUGUCCUUAAUAGAGAGGUGUCCCGAUGAGAGAGGUCAAAUUGAAUGGAAACAACCAAUUUGGGACCAAAACUAGUGUCCUUAAUAGAGAGGUUGUCCUUAGUAGAGAGGUUGUCCUUAGUAGAGAGGUUGUCCUUAGUAGAGAGGUUGUCCUUAGUAGAGAGGUUGUCCUUAAUAGAGAGGUUGUCCUUAGUAGAGAGGUGUCCGCUAAGGGAGGUUCUGCUGUACUUAUAUUUCUGAUUCUAGUCAAUGAAGUUGUGGCUUGUUCCAGUAACAUAUAUGUUAGAUUGAUUUCAAAUUAUCUCACAGAUGGCGACCCAUAUUGUCAUCAUUGAUUACCUAUUAACAAGUAUGGUUAUUUUUAACAAAGUAAUGUAGAAUGAUGUUGACCUAAUGAUUGAAGAGUCAGUAGAAGGCAUUUGAAAUUGUUCAAAAUACAGUUUACCUGUUAGACGCCAGUAAAAUUGUAUGGAAACAACCCAUUUGGGACCAAACCUAGUGUCCUUAAUAGAGAGGAUGUCCUUAAUAGAGAGGUGUCCGCUAAGGGAGGUUCUACUGUACUUACUCUUUAAGAGAAUCUCGAGUGCCCAAUUGGCUGUUAUCCACCCAUGCAUGGACUUGUAGUUACCUUGACGCACACCAGAGGGACCUCGACUUACUGUCCUGUCCGACGGACAAAAGAGCCGGGUUUCUAGCCCUGCAAUUGAACCUAUGACAUGCUGCUUGUUAGGCGGGCUUGGCAACCGAAUCAAGAAUCCUAUUUUAUUUGACCAGGCUUGGAGCAGACAUGGCAUGAUACGUGGUCCCAUAGUACAGUAGAACCUCUCUAUUAAGGACACCCUUGGGACUGACUAGUGCUGUCCUUGAUAGAGAGGUGUCCUGAUCAGAGAGGUCAAAUUGAAUGGAAACAACAAAUUUGGGACCAAAACUAGUGUCCUUAAUAGAGAGGUUGUCCCUAAUAGAGAGGUGCCCGCUAAGGGAGGUUCUACUGUACUAUCAGGCAGUACAGAUUGUCGGAUAAACCUUCCUAGAAUCGCAGAGAGACAAUUUGUAAUCAAUCUACCUGUAUGGUUUCCACAUUGAACCUGUUUAGAUGCCUUUGAAAGCUAUAAAAUGAUUACGAUAAAGUAUUUGUUUAUGUGAUUAACACGAAGAAAUCGGUUUAGAUCAGGUUUCAUUAUGAAAAUGAUUGUAAUAUUUUUGUACUCAUUUUGUAAGAAAUUUCUGAUUAUUUCUGUUUUGAAAGUUAUUUGUAAAAUUAGUUCAUUCAGACACAGAAAUUAGCACACCAUGUGACAGUAAAUGGGAUCCCCCAUGCAAAAAGUCCAAGUGGGAGCCAAUUUUCAGUUUUAGUUGACUGGUGCCAUUGUGAAGGUGAUCAGUAGUUUUCAUACACCCAGGUUUCAAUUCAAUGUGAUGAUCACCCGCCCCAUUAUUAUCACAUACCGGGCAGAAUCCUCCAUAAAUCUUACCAAAAUAUUCAUCAAGUUUGUGAAUGAAGGUCCCUAAUGUAUCACUUUGUUACUCAGCCAAACUCUGAUGGGAAUUUGAUGCAGUUUGCAUGAAUUAAAUCCGGAAAAACUCGAGAUGCUGUAUCAUGCCAAAACGGGGUAAUUGGGUAUUCCCAUUUUGUUUACUAUGCUAAAUAUAGCAUCGCUUGUUGAACAAACUUGAGUGUUUUGGGUGCUAAAUUUGAAUUGCCUUUUUCUCGAAUAGGUACCUUUUUGCAUGGCGGGUCACAAAUAUGGGUAAAAAGGACAUGCCUACAUGGCAGUACUUUCCUGGCCCAAACGGAUGCAAAUCAGAAAAUUGGAAACCAGAGAAAAUCAACAUUUGAUGCAUUUUGACUCACCUCAUACAAUCUCCUGAAUCUGCAUAAUUCAUGAGUAGUAUUGUGUUAAUUGGUUAUACUGCAGUGAUAGACUUCCUAGUUGUGCAUUCCAAACUAUCGUCAUGUGCCGUAUUGUAUAUAUAAGUCGUACUUCCACCUAUCAAAUCCCCGUGUCUUUUGCGCUUACACCUAUGAAUUGCCGUGUCUAAAUAGACCUGUGUGUCAAAUCCCCGUGUCUAUCAGCCCCAUCGAGCUCGAUGGGGCUAAUCGGGGGCUAAUUUAGACCCGUGUUCAACACGGGUUUUUUGAUAGGUGGAAUCUGAAUAGACACGGCAAUUGCAAGUUCUAAGAUCCAACGACAGAUAGCGCGGUGUAGUUGCCUCGGUAUUGCGCAUGCGAAAUUCCCCUCCAACGGGAAAGAAACGCAGGAGAGCUCUCUACCUACAGCGCACCUGUCGCCGGGGCUAUUAACCAUUAUCUUACACCACUGAUAGGUGUAAGUGCGCCCCGGGUUUUUUGACGCACGGCGAAGAGACGGGUCUUGAAAAAACACGGGGUUUUAUGAUAGGUGGAACUACGACUAUAGUAAUUCAGAAAAAAGUUUUAUCUGGAUUUAUUAAAAUCAUGCGAUAGAUAGCAAAGUACAUGUACAUUGUAUUCCUCUUUACGAAACGAGAUGGUUGGUUUUGACCAUGUUGCUUUGAAAUAGAAGUUUGGUAGGCCCUUCACUCUUUAGAGGUUGUUCUGUGAGGCCUAAUCGGCAGUGUAUGACCAUUGACCCGGCAGACAUAUGAUUAAAAAUGUCAAAAUUUGUCACAAAAUGUACGUGCAAACUUCUCCAAAAUCAUGGAAAGUGUCCUCAAGGAAUCUUUUUGCUCGAAAAUGAAGUCUCCGUCUGUCAAAAUCUCAUUUAAACUAAGGUUUUAAACAAAAAAUGUGAAAGAAAGUUUAGAAUUACCGCACAAGCUAGGAUGCAAUCUGGUAUGCAAUAAUCGUAACCGGAUUGCAGUAAGUGCAAUCCGGAAAAAGUCCCUUCACAACUUCACGUUAUAUUCAUUGAUGUCCUUUGUUAGGUCAUUACGUUGGAAUUCCCCCUCUAUUGGCUUUCCCCAUGAGCAUGAAGUUGUGACGUCGUUACCUCAAAACUUACGUCUUCCAUGACGUAUUCACGUCAGUAGAGAAAUUGGCCAAAAAUGACAAAUUUUGCCUUUUAAUCAACACUUUCUUGGUAUUUCUGGGAAUAUGUGAUUUUUUUUUUAUCGAUGUUUGUUGCUUACAUCUCGUCAAAUUAUUGAUGUUUUUUUUCUUUGGAAGUAACUUCAUGAUGUGGAUGGCCAUAAUUGGAAUUCUUCUGAAAAAAUAGAAUGUCCGAUUUUGGAUGUAUUCAUUACUUUUGGUCACAGAUCAAGCUGCAUAUCUUCAUAAUCCGGUUGAUGAAAAUAGAUAGUAAUACUAGUAUAUCAUAACUAUCAUAAUGGGAUUUAAGUUCAGAGUUAUAGACAAAUGGUCUAAAAUUAUUAGCAUUACGGAGUGCAUUCUGAGCUGGGCCUAUUGACUACAGGGUGACCCAGAAAACCUUUCCCUUGCACAAUUCUAUUGUGUAUCCAUUGUUUGAGGGAAUAGUUUUCUGGGCCACCCUGUAGAAACAGUGACGUCAAAGGUCUAUUCACCUGAUUUGUUAUGCUUGGGAAAACAGUUAUACCUAUGAUCUUGAAACUUGUGGGUAUGAUACCAUGGUCUGAGACAUUGAUUAUCAAUUAUUUUGUUCUGAACUAAUAAGUUAAAACAAUUGACCGACAGAAACUGCAAAGGUAAUCAGAAUUGUAAAAAUGCAUUCUGGCAUUUGAAUUGACAAGACAAUUAAAUUUGUAGGAGAAAAGAAAAAAACACCUAAAUAUUGAUUUAGUGUCCCAAUGACAUCACUGCUCUGUCUCUUUACUUAUUAACCCUUUAGAUCCUGGAACAUUUUUAUGCGUUUCCCUGUAGCAUUUAAGCGAUUUUCACCCGAGAAGACCUCCAAAAGACCCCCUGCUUAAUUUCAAUAAUAUAAUAAUUUCAACUACUUAAUUUCAAUAAUAUUUCAUCAAUAGAUCCCUAUCUGGCCGAAAACCGGCCUUGUUUUCUUUAUACUUGAUUGAAGAUGGCGCUGGUAUUGCUUGCAAUUACAUGUAGGUAUGUACUGGCAGGUGGCUUGCGGCCGGUUAGGGAUAUACAGACGAAAAACAGUGGUUAGGAUCUAAAGGGUUAGUAUAAUGCCCAGCAUUUGGCAGGCAUCUGUUCAUGCUUCAAUCAUGCCUCGAUUCUUUCACUUGCAAAUUGGCUCAUGUCGGGCAAAAUUUUCAUGGUGGAGUUGUCUUGUCCCUUAGUUGGUCAUCUGUUGAGAUUUAAACAAGUGAUCAGUGGUUUUGGAUAUUGUGUCAUUUGUGUAAAGAAGAGUCGGUUUUUAAUCAUUCCAAAUGUAUGAAUAUAUUCGAGAAUAAUCAUUAUUUGUGAUAGCCAGAAGAUGUAGUCAGCAUUGUGAUGUUAAUAGGUGCAGUUGUGUGUGUGUACUUGACACGAGAUCCUUUCAAACUUGAUCAUCAUCACGUCUGUUGGAAAAUGGAAUACAAAGUCAUUUUCAAAGCGGGCGUCUGCUUGAGACUUGACACACUCUUGAUGGCCUCUUCAUGGAUCAAUUUAAUAUAUGUUUGGCUGGCCAUUCCCGCAAAAAAAACCUAUGACAUCUGUAUUACACUUGGUGCUUUGAUUUCAUACAUUUUUUUGCAAAAGCACAUGCCAACUGUACAUUGUAUGUACAAGAAAUUGUAUUGUGUGAUAUAAAGAGACUAGAAGUACAUGUAUCACUCUUUAAGAUGGAUGUUGGUCUAGCCAGUGCAAGUGCUAGUCAUUUUUCUGUUUAUUAGACGCCUUACUUUACGAUGCACCUCACCCAAAUUUGACCUGAUUCUGCUGUGUGCAUUGUACACUAUCUGUAUACGGUAUGUACAGCAGCAUACACAUGUAGUGAACCCGUUUUUCAAUCACACAGACCUCACUUUCCAUGGCCACUGCGCUGCUAAUAUGAACUGGAUGAGGCAAGACCACCAUUGAUAUUUUAAGCCUUUUAGCAGUUCAAUUGUCAAUGUUUGACCGCGACGCAUCAAAUACUGCGUGGGGUUGUGAAUCUGAAAUUUUUAUAUGAUAUUCCGGACAGUCAGGCAAGUAAAUGGUGAAAAGUAAACUGGUAGUUGACCACGGAAAUUUUUUGAUAAUCGACAAAUUGGACAGACAUUGAUAUUUCCACUCUUGUCAGCCAACUGGCAGAAAAAUCUCAAAAUUCGAAAUUAAUUUUUUCAUCAAAUAAUUUCUUUAUAUCUGUUGACUUGCCACAGCAAAUAUACUUUCAAUACCUCUCCAAAUAUGUACUUGAGAGUUAAAAACAUGCACUCGUCUAAUUGAUAGGCCUGGACCCUCCAACCUAUGAAUAUUCAUUGGUGGUAUUGUCUCGGAUUUCAAUAAAACUUCACAGGGUCUGCCCUUAUAAUCUUCUCUAGACACUGCAUAAGUUUCAACACAAGGCAUAUUGUGGUUUUUGAAUGUUUGUGUGCAGGGACGGACAUUAACCCUGAUUUCCUCAGGAUGGGUUCAUCUGGCUAGCUAAAGGUAAUGGAUCACAACCGUUCUCCAGUUGGAGCAUAAUUCUAUCUUCACCCUGAUACCUAUGUAUCUGGAGGUAUUUUUUUUCAUGGGAGGACUGUGCAUAUUUGUAUUUAGUUGGAUUUCAUUGAGGGGUUCAUAUCAUGUGUGCCAGAGGUAACGAUUGAUGUCAGGUUUGAAAGGAUCAGUAUAUGUAUAAAUGGUAUUGUAUAUACAUGUAUAGAUGAAAGAGUAGCUCUUUCUGAAACUCAGUCAAAUUUUAUCUAAAAUAUUAGCCCGUUUGAAAUUAUGUUAUGUUAUUGCUUCAACCAAUUACAGUAGAACCUUUCUAUUAAGGACACCCUCGGGACUGACAAGUGCUGUCCUUGAUAGAGACGUGUCCUGAUUAGAGUGGUGAAAUUGAAUGGAAACAACCAAUUUGGGACCAAAACUAGUCUCCUUUUAAUAAUAGAAAGGUUGUCCUUAAUAGAGAGGUUGUCCUUAAUAAAGAGGUACUAUCCUUGAUAGAUAGGUGUCCUGAUUAGAGAGGUCAAAUUGAGUGGAAACAACAAAUUUGGGACUAAAACUAGUGUCCUCAGAGGUGUCCACUAAGGGAGGUUCCACUGUACAUGAUUGAGCAUGGAGGUGUCGCUGGUUAAGGAGGCUCAAUGCAAGGGUGAUGGUUUCGAAACCCAGUCUUGUGGCUUCUGGGCGUGCACCAUCCGCUCGAGAGAAAACCUAACAGCAAAACACAUAUCAACCCCAAACUUCAUAUUGGAUUCGUUGUUAAGGAGUGCACCAGAUGGAAAACACAUUGGACUGGAAUGGUGUUGCCUGCCAAGUUUCGUUUGAUAAAUACUUGUACACAAAAUCUUUAAAGGGUCAGUUAAAUUGAGCCAGUUGCAUUUUGAUAUACGUCCACGUGGUUUAAUAGAAUAUUGAUGAGUUUGCAAUGAGGAACCGGCGCGAUUUAUCCGCCGCAUUGCGCUGCAAUCGAUCAUACCAAAACUCUCCAUUUCCAAAGCAUUAUCAUGUUAUUUCUGAGCCCGAAAACGAUCGCUUAUUUUCGACCGAUUUCGGCGAGGUUUGCAUCUUCCUGUUUUAAAUCUAUUGAGCUAUCAGUUUCUUAAGAUAAUUUUGCGGAAAAUAUGCGCGAUGCCAGUUAUUGGGCACGUUUUCUGUUGUUGAAAUCCUGUGCAAAAAUGUACGCAAUGGGUUCCCGUGAUUGACCUCAUGCGACGUCAACAGACCAGAAAAUGACGUCAUGGCGUCAGAAGGUACGAUCGAUUGUGGCGCCGCCACUGGCAUUUAUCUUAACGCCGGUUCCUCAUUAUGAAUAGUAGAGGAGAUAUGGGGUCUCAGUAGACACUCACUGCAACAACGAUUUUAAUGGUUUUUCGUAAAUCUUUUGUUUUGAACUUGUAUUUUGCUGGAACUGGAAGACAAUGUUCCUUGAUUGUUAAAUGGAAUGAUCUUUUCAUUCAUGGGAGUAGUUUAUUGUUGAUAGAUUAGGGUGACAUGAUUGUACAUGUGUAGUCAUUACAAGUAGUCUAUUGUAACUGUUGAGGGGAUAGUGGGUGUGGGAUUCUGAAGGGAAUCUACAGACAGGAGCUUGGUGGGCCAGUUUAUCAUGUCGCAGUAUAGUAUAUCACCACUAUUCAUGUUUGUUCGAGGAAUAUUUUUAUGAGGAAGGCAGUUGACGCCAGUCCGAUCGUAUCAACAUUGAGACCACAAAUUAGACGUCGUUGCUCUUACCUACAGUCUUUUGAGGAGAAGUGUCUUGCAAUAGUGCCAGCCUGAACGCCUUACUACAGUCCUGUAUACACCUUUCCAGAAAUGGGGCGCUGAGUGUCCGAAAUAGUGAUGUCAUAAGGGGAAACGAGGCCUUAUGGUGGAGGGACAAAGGAGAUAGUCAUGCUUGACCAACACACUUGAAUGCCUUUAAUGACGGACAAGGGGGAAAAAGUUAGUUCCAAUGCAAGCCACCAAUUUCGGGAAGCAUGUAUAGAGUGUCUCUCCUGGAUGGACACAUCCUAAGAGCCGUUUCUGCACAUUUUCUUUUAUGUAUCUGCCGUUCUUCGUAAUCAUAACGAAAGAUUAAAUAAUCGUAAUCAUAACGAAAGAGUCGGCCAUACACAUUUAAAGAUACUCCUCCUCUAAGACUAAGCGUACAACAAUAUUUAAAUGCAUCACUGGCAAACAUUCCUCAUGAAUAGUGCAGAACUUCAGAGUAAAAUCACUCUUGAGAAAAUGUGUGUGUCCACCCAAGGUCGCUAACGUUUAAAGGAGAAUGAAUUGACAUGAUCUAGUUAGUUACGCUUUAUUGUACCUUCAAUGGGGGUUUAUCAAUCAUGGGAUCACCACAAAUGUAUCAUGUAUAUAAAUUGUAAAUGAUAUUAAAGGAGCAGUCAUAAUGAUUCAA